UGCUCGUGUUGCUUGUGCGGAAGUCGCGCUGCGGGGACGGUUUCCGUCACUGCCUGCCUGCCCACGCAGGCAGUUAAAAUGUGCGUCUGGCAGCCUGGCUUAACAAGAUUGUACAUUCCUUGGGUGACAGGCGCAACUAGCAAACCUUGACACACAAAAAGAUCGACGCAAGAGGCGGACGGCUUGCUGCGUGCAUCACAAAACUCGCGCAAAGUGCACAAAGUGCAUCGUCGACUAAGUUCGCGCCGGCAUUAGCGAUUCUCAUCCCAAGUCCCGGAUACUACAUCAAAGAGGGCCACCCGCUCCCUCCGGGCUGCGACAACUCUGAUCUCCACCGUCUGUGUGCAAACCAGGUUUUGGCAAUCAUCGCAGGGGACAACGCCCAAGCCAAUCGAGGCCCGAAGCCCCUCGCCUGCCAUCGUGGAACAUCUGAGGCUUCUCCAACUUGGACACCCGCCCGUGCCUGACGGACGGGUAGAGGCUGUGCGCGCGACCUUUCAAAAGAUCCAUCACACCCUCCCUCACCAUCCCGGGCGCCUGUGCACACGGGCUCGCCACACCACACCACACUCGGAGCUCGCUCCCGUACCAGUCCACAGUACCCGUCUGCGCCCAACUUUUUGUCACCCGAUUCUCGCCAUGUCUGAUCCUGGCCAGCCAGACGCCUCACAGGCGCCAGAUUCCAAGAUCAACGCCGAGGACGGGAGGAAAUACUGGCAAGGCGUCGAUGCCGAUGUCAAUGGCAUGCUAGGAGGCUUUCCCUAUGUGUCGCGGGUGGACCUACAAGGGUCUCGAAACUUUCUCGCCAAGUUUGGCAUCGGGACCAAGGACGGGCAGCGCACUGUCGCCACGGCUCUGGAGGGCGGAGCUGGCAUAGGCAGGAUCACAGAGGGACUCUUGCUCAGCGUGUCACAAGAAGUCGAUAUUGUCGAGCCCAUAGCGAAAUUCACUGAGGCUCUGAAGCAGAAGAGUGGCGUCCGUCACGUCUUCAACGUCGGCCUGGAGGAAUGGCAACCAGAUGCGGGCGCCCAAUACGACCUCGUAUGGAAUCAAUGGUGUGUGGGUCAUCUCAAAGAUGAACAGCUGGUCCAGUACCUGGAAAGGUGCAAGGCAGUCUUGACCCCUGGAAAUGGGCUCAUUGUCGUCAAGGAAAACAUCAGCACCAGUGGUGUCGACCUGUUCGACGACCAGGACAGUAGCGUGACAAGGACCGAUGAGAAGUUUCAAGUCAUCUUCAAGGAUGCCGGACUUAGGCUUGUCAGGGCCGAGACCCAACGCGGAUUUCCGAAGGAGCUCUUCCCUGUUCGGAUCUAUGCUCUGAAGCCGCAGGAAUAGGACUAUGCAAAUACUUGCCCAGGACUGCACCAGGACUGCACCUAAUCACCAUGUAGCAGUCCAUAUGAUCGGAGCCUCCAUGUCAAUACAUGGGACCAGACAAGCGCGUCCCAGCUCGGCCCCCGUGUCAGAUUUCAGCAAACACCCCGACAAGCUUUCCCUCUCUGAGUGGUCACCCAGGCGUGUGGUACUCCGGAAACUACGCCGGAAGUUCCAUUGAGUUCCCUGUCAAGAGCCUUCAAGGUGUCAUCCAGGUACCUUCCCCUCGUGAUCCUCCCUCAACCGAUUGUCCUUACUGUUAUGUGGCAUUCGGCAGAAACUUUCGGCCACUCAAGCAAGUACCGAGUACUCCUAGAACUUUAAUUUUACUUCUUCGUUGCUCUGGUAAAACCCUUCUCCACGACGGUGAGGACAUGAAUUUCGCUGCCAAAGCAGCACAUGAUUGACAAAAUGUGCAUAAGUGACAGCCAUACAGACGCGUAGCCACGCCUCUUCGGAUCUGACCCAACACAGUUCCGUGCAAACCAACAUGCCUGCCAUCCUGUCGUGCGCAGGCGCGACGUCGCCCCAGAACCGCAACUUCAUCCCCGCUUUGUUCCCAAAAACCAGGACCAGAACUGCUCUCGGACCGAAUCUGGAGCAUCCUGGAAAACAAGCCCAGCUCUAUACGAACUAUACGGGGACUCUGCACCUGUGCGCUCGUUGGCUCAACAGAAAUAGAUACAGCAUGACAUGGCGGAUCGCCCCCCUGAGAUCGGAAGCCCGGUCCGAGAGGGCAAGCUUUCACUCCCGCGUGCGAGACGUCUCUGGCACAUGGUGCGGCCGUUGAGAGUAGCAGAUAGAUUGGCAGACAGACAUAUGGAACUGAUGGUGGAGUGCAUCCUCCGCUGCGGACAAUUAUUGAUGCGCGCGCGUUGGGUUUGCGGGGUGGGUGAGGGGUGCAGGCAGGCCCGCCGCCCUCAUAGAAUCCCCCCGAGGAACCCUCUGAUCUAAGUGAGACGCGCCACGCUGGGGCAAGAGGUGACGUUGGGGUAGCCUUGGCUGGCAGGAUGCCUCCCGGGUCUACACGUGGUUUGUGCCUGGCGCCCUUCAUCUCGGCCUCGCCCACACAGUCGCGCAUAACUGUACACUCGAAACUGCGCAGAUUUGUACAGCCCUCUACCUUUCGGCCUCUUAAGUGUACCUUUUGCGGCAACAUGUACAUAGUCAUGGCCAGACGCGACUGUGUCUAGCCCUCUUACUGUGUCCUCCAUGGCACCGUUGGUGCUCGACGGCAAAGCCCGAGGCAUCUCGCCGCGAGUCACCCGCUACGGUCUAUACGAACCUCCCUGGUCACCUUCAUGAAUAUCGGGAGCUUUCCGGGAUGCCUCGCCAGGCUGGGUCACCUUCGGCAGAGACUGAAUAUAUCGCUUCGGCGUCCCCGUAAGGCCUACAUGGCAAGGGAAAGGGGGGAUGGGCAGCAAUAGCCCUGACGCACCGCGUCGGCCACAUCAGACGAGUCAUCUGCCGAUUUUGAGGGCGGCGGAUGCCGUAGGGCUGAACCUCUGGGCAGUAAUAUCUUCCUCGGCCCGGGGUAUUAGUGACCGUUUCAGGUGAGGAUGACUCGCGGUAAGGCAGGUGAGGAAGUGCGCAUAAGCCUCCGCUGCCAUCAGAUCGGAGGGAGGGGGCGGGGGGCCAGUAAUAAUAAUGGUUGAGGCCGUGAUGGCAUGGUUUACGUUUUUUUCCGGGGCUCUUUGAGACCGCGGGUGACUGACUGGGGUCGCUGCAGGGCCGAGCAAGGGUGCAUUCCCUGAUCAGAUGUAUAUUGCAUCGUAUGAAGCAACGGCGGACUCGUCCGCUUGGGUGGGUCGAUGCGAACGAAACAUUACAGCUUGGGACGCCCGCUCGUUGUUGCUUGAGCGCCGGUAGUGUUGGGACAGCGUGACAGUCUUCGGCAUAAAAUAUGGGUGGGAAGGUUGUGAUGCGAUCUUGUUGGUGGUAUUGUGGCUGUCACCCAGGCCUUCUACCCUGAUUCGACAACGUCGGAUUCUCGUUGCUGCCGCUCUACAUGCGGCUCAGCGGCCUCUCGUCCCUUAUUAGCGGCGGCCUCUUGAUCCCUGGACUCGGAACGGAAAGGAUUGAAUCGCCGACUAGCUGCUUGAAAUCACGGCCCUUCGCUGCGACGGCUCCCUGGCUGGCUUAUACGCCCUGUGAGAUAAAAAAGCCGGGAUAUCCCUUCGUCGAAACGGGUUCGGAGCCGUCGAUAUGUCGCUGUUCGAAGUGUCGUGAACUCUGUUGGGCACUAAUGAUCGUCCUUGCAGUAGUGUCGAUCAUGCCCGGGUCUCGCUCAGGGAUCCGACCUCUACUGUUCGCUAUGGAGGAAGCCAAGAAGUCUUCCCUCAGAGCCGGGCCAGAUCCUGCUCUUCGCUUUGAUCCAUUUCUCUUGAGCUUAUAUGCCGGCCACUUGGAACGAAGGGGGAAAGGAUCUAGAACUCGCGGUGUCGUUUGAAUCCGGCAGACCAAGUCCUGAUCUCUGUCUGGCUCUUCAGCGUUGGGGCUGACCUUGCCUCUUACCCAGUUCCCAAUAAGACCCCCCUAGCAGGGGAAGUGGCUCUUUAUAGUUCCCGCAUUCGUUUUAUAGCUUGAGUUGGACGCCAACCUCGCCGCCCAAAGAAGCAGUCGUAUGCGCCAUACGCGCAAUCCGGGAGAGAGCUCUGCCGCCGCAUAGCAUAAGUCGGUCCGCCAACAGACAUAGACACCAUUGUCCGCCGGUCCCCAUGGGACUGACUGCAUGCAGAGCGCCUCAUCAGCGCGGAGUUUCGAGGUUGGUGGUCGUAUUCAUUCGCUAGCCGUAACGGAGUCAGAUGCCAU